AUGGGUAUUUCAAACAGUAAGACAAUAGCUUGUGAACAAAUCCAAUGCGAUCCACAUAUUUCAUUGAACACUCUUCCACGUCAUAAUUUAUCUCUCAAUGAAGAACGUAUAGAACCGUUCAACUUAAUUUGGUUAGAUGAAUACUCUCAAGAUAAUUCUCUCGAUUCAUUACGUACACAAACAUUAUUUCGAGGAAUGAAUAACGAUAACUGUUUAUUUUUCGAUAGAUCUGAUCAAUUUUUAUUUGAAAUUGAAAAACUAACAAUGGAACAUAGAAAAUUAUUAGUGGUAAUGUCAGGAUCAUUUGCUAAAGAAGUUCUACCCAAAAUUCAUAAUAACAUUCCAACGAUAGUUAUAUUUUGUAGAAAUUAUAACAAAUAUACCAGUUUAAUGGAUAAGCAUUUAAAUGUUGUUGAAAUUUGUACGGAACAUGAAAAAUUGAAAAGUUGUAUACAAAAUGAAUUACUAUCAUUAAAAUUCAAUUUAUUUACUAAUCAAAAAUUUAAAACCAUACGACCUUUGAAUUCAUCAAACGAUAUUGAAAAUAGUGGUGCAUACUUUUCUUAUAUAUUGUUUAUUGAAUUAUUGAAACAAAUGCCACAAACAAAACAGGCGAAAAAUAUUAUGUUAAAAAAGUGUGAAGAUUAUCACAGAAGAAAUAAAGCACAGAUGAAAUCCAUUGAACUCUUUCGUAAUACAUAUACAUCAAAUAAAGCUAUUGAUUGGUAUACUCGAGAUAGUUUUGUCUAUCGAUUAGUAAAUAGUGCAUUUCGUACAGAAGAUGUAACAUUGUGGUAUAUAUUUCGUUACUAUGUUGUUGAUCUAUGUAUACAAUUGGAAAAUGUUCAUAAAGAACAAAAUAUUCAAAAUCCUUUGACACUUUAUCGUGGUCAAGCUCAAAUGCCAACAUAUGAAUUAGAAUAUCUUAAAUCUAAUAUAGGUUGUUUGGUUUCAAUAAAUGGAUUUUUCUCAUCGUCAAUUGAUAUUGAUAUUGCUAAAAAUUUUAUUGCUGGUGCUGUGGAUACUGAUGAUUAUAAGGUUGUUAUAUUUCAAAUAACUGUUGAUGGAAUUAGACUUCAAAAUACUGUUUUUGUUGAUAUUAACAGAUAUCUAAAUGAACCAACUGAUGAACAGGAAGUAUUAUUUAAUAUUGGUUCAGUUUUCAAAAUUGAAAGUGUUAAGUAUGAUUCUGAUCUUGGUCUUUCGAUAAUCAAAAUGAAAGCAAGUGAUGACGGUACAUAUGAAAUUAAAAAACGAAUUCAACUCAAGAAAAGAGAUUUUCGUAAAGAUAAUAUCAAUUUAAUGUUUGGUCGUUUGUUAAUUGACAUGAAUGAAUAUUCUAAAGCUGAAUCAUAUUUUCAGAUGAUGUUACAAGUCUUGCCAAAAUCACAUAUAGAUUUAGCUUUAGUCUAUGAUCAUAUUGGGGAUUUGAAUAUGAGAAUAACCAAUUGGAAAGAAGCUUUUACUAAUUUCAAUUUAGCAUAUGAAAUAAAAAAGAAGAUUCUACCGUUAAAUCAUCUGAUUAUUGCUAUAACAUUAAAUAAUAUUGGUAAUUAUUAUAAAGCAAUUGGAAAUUAUGUUCAAGCACUUGAAUACUAUACACAAGCUUUACAGUGUAAAAACGAUCGAUUCAAUAUGGCAAGAACACAACUUAAUAUUGGUGCAAUCUAUGCGAUUAACAACGAUUAUGAAAAUGCAUUCAGUUUAUGCAUCGAAGCACGCGACAUUCUACAACAAAUCCAUCCAUGUCCAUAUGAUGAAAUUAUUCACUGUCAAGGUAUUAUUGGUGAUAUCCAUUUAACUCAACAAGAAUAUAAUAUUGCUGCUGAUUAUUAUCUUACGGCAUUUGAAAUGAGUAAAAAAUUUCUGUUGACUAGUAAUCGUCUUCGAGUUAAUUGUAUAAAAUCUUUAGCUAAGUUAUACAAUAAGCGAAAUGCGAAACAAUUGGCUAUUGACUUUUGUCGAAAUAAACUAUCGUUCUACGAAAAAUAUUUGCCUGAAAAUCAUAUCAUUAUUGGACAUUUAUCAAUGAUACUCGGUGAAUUCUAUGAAGAAAUUGAUGAUCGAAAGAUAAAUUCGUUACAAAGAGCAUUGCGUAUUUUCGAAAAAAAUGUUCAUCUUGAAUAUGCUACAACAGCCAAUUGUUUAAUAAUGAUUGCUGAAUACUAUCAAAAGCAAAAUGUAUAUGAGAGAGCUUUAAAAUAUUAUAUUAGAGCUAUUGAAAUACGAAAGAAAAUUUAUCCGAAAGAUCACUCGAUUCUACUCGAAACUCAAUCUCUAAUCGACCUUGUUACAAGUCAGACAUAA